AUGGAUCACUUUAAAAGUGAAAUUAAAAAAGCACCUUUCGUAUCAAUUGCGCUUCAUGAAACCACAGAUGUAGCAAACUUAAGUCAAUUAUCCAUUGUUGUGCGAUAUGUAUUGGAUGGCAUUCCUCAAGAGCGAUUCUUAGGAUUUUGGGACGUCACUAGCGAACGACCAGCAGAUGCAUUGUUUAAAAUUGUUUGUGACAUUAUUUUAAGUUUAGAAUGUGGUUCUAAGCUUGUUGCCCAGAGCUACGAUGGUGCUGCCGAAAUAGCUGGCCAUUUAGAAGGCCCUUCAAGGCAACUCAGUGUUAGUAAUAUUAACAGUAAACCCAAACUUACCGAGCUCUUUGAUAGGCUAGAGACACAACUUCAAAUUUUAGGCGUCACUACCGAAAAGUGCGCAACUAUCUUACUCCCAUUAGUCGAAUCUUGUAUUCCGCAGGAUACCCUAAGAGCAUGGCUGAGAAAUUCGUCAUAUGUAACCUUCAAUUCCCAAACUCGUUUGGAGAAAUUAUUAGAAUUCUUAAAAAAAGAGGUUAAAAACGAGGAGAGAAUUUUUAUGGCUGUUUCUGGAUUUGAAGUUCCCGAAAAUAAAAAAAGAGAGUUUCAGAAAGAAUGCAAUAUAGCAACAGUUGCUCCGUUAAUAAGCAAAAGAUACAAAAAAAGCACGAGCAGGAUACUUUUAGAUGCUUUAGAUCAGGAUAUAUGCAACGUUUUUUCCGUGAGAAUGGGUCCAUGGACCGAAGAAUUAAUAUUGAGUAUCAAAGUUUACCACGAAGCAAACAUACUGGCAGAAGACAGGAACUAA